UCCUUGCUGUGUUUUGUUUGUGAGAAAGAGAGAUUUGAAAAAUGGCAUACAAUCUUCAAUCACUCAUCACCAUCCUUGAAGGAAUACUUAAUCCUCAACAGUCACUUUGGAAUGUUGAUCGCAACAAACCACAACUCCAAUCCCUACUCCAUAAAGCUGAAUCUCUUCUCCACAUUCUUGAAAAGUCUUCACUCACCAAUAUACCAAGUAAUUUGGAGAGCCAAAUCAGAGAUGUUUCAUAUAAAGCAGAAGAUAUUAUUGAAACAAGAAUGGUUUCUUCAAAACUUAUGCAAGACCGGAUUUCUAAGUUUGAGCAAGUGGUUUCCAACCCCGUGAGCUUGGCCUUCCACACAUCAGAUCUGCAGCAAGUAACUCAAGAUCUGGAUUUGGUAAUGGAACAAGUGGUGAAGCUCAUGCAGGGGAGGACCGCGACUUCAUCAAAUCUUGCUUCUUUCUCUCAUGGUGAUGUGCAGCAAGCAAUUCAACAACAGGAAUCUGUUAAGCUAGUGGAGGUGGAUGAAAUUAAGAUGACGGCCGAUGCUCCUUUGUCGAGCUCCAAGAGCAAUUUGGUGGGAGUUGAUGCAGAUAUACUGCAGUUGAAGGAUCGGCUUACAAACAUGCAGAGCAAGCUGGAGAUCAUCCCUAUUACUGGGAUGGGUGGCAUAGGUAAGUCCACUCUUGCUCAAAAUCUUUAUGAUGAUCAACUCAUUAUUACUCACUUUGAUUAUCGUGGUUGGGCUGCAAUUUCACAACUUCCCAAUAUGCGAGAUAUUCUAUUAAGUCUUCUUCGUCGCCCAGACGACAAGAUUGAUGAUGAACUAAAUGGAUGUAAUGAAAAUGAGUUGAAAGAUAUAUUGUAUAAGAGGUUGUUUGGGCGCAGAUACAUGAUUGUGUUGGAUGAUAUAUGGACUACCAAGUUCUGGGAUGGGAUAAGGAUGUAUUUUCCAAACAACAGUAAUGGGAGUCGAAUUGUGAUCACCACAAGGGAAUCUAAUGUAGCCCAACACAUUGUAAACUCCAAGAGUUUGCAUCAUAACCUGCAAUUGCUUAACAAGGCUGCAAGUUGGGAUCUACUUCGCCAAACUGUGUUUGGAGAAGAGGAUUGCCCUCUUGAAUUACAAGAGAUAGGAACUAAGAUUGUGAGUGAGUGUGGUGGGCUUCCUCUUGCCAUUCAUGUGACUGGAGGGAUAUUGUCAAAGAUUGAAAGAUCAAUAGAUGCUUGGGAGCAUCUUUCAAUAGAUGUAAAAGCUUCCAUUGUUAAAUCAGAGGAGCAGUUCUCCAAUAUACUUUCCUGGAGUUAUAAUCACUUACCCAUUCACUUGAAACCAUGUUUCUUAUAUAUGGGAAUUUUUUCAGAAGAUCAUGAGAUUAAAGGAUCUAGACUUACGAGUAUAUGGAUAGCUGAGGGAUUUGUGAAAUCGAACGGUGAUAAGAGUUUAGAGGAAAAGGCUAAAGAUUAUUUAAAUGUUCUCGUGGAGAGGAAUCUACUCUUUGUUGCAAAAAAAAAGGCUAAUCGGAAAGCAUUGAGUUACUCAAUGCAUGAUCUUCUGAGGGAUUUAUGCAUAAGGAAAGCUAAUGAAGAGAAAUUUUUACACGUUGAGGAUUACAUGCGGCGUGUAAGUGUUGAGUCAUCAUAUGACAUGGAAGAUGUGUGUGCUUCACCACAAUUAAUGUCAUUUGCCCGAUCUUUUAUAUGCACUAAUGACAAGAUUAAUAUAUCUCCUGUUUUUGGCAUAUUAAGAUUAGUUAGGGUGCUAGAUGUAACAAGUAUGUUAUUGGAGGAGUUCCCAGAAGAAAUAUUACAACUUGUGAACUUACGCUACUUAGCUAUCAACUGCUCCUCGGGUUUACCUGAUGGAAUAUCAAGAUUGCACAAUCUGCAAACCUUGAUUUGUCCACACUUUAUGCCCUAUGUGCCAUCUGAAUUAUGGGAUAUGCAUGAGCUAAUACAUAUUAAGUUUAAGGAGACAGUAUUCAAAAUCAGGAACAUAAAAUUUGAUCUCAAGAAGUUGCAGACGCUUUACACAGUGAGGGUUACUCCCAAGCUGAUUAGUAGUGGCUUUUUUGAAAGAAUUCCAAAUAUCAUAAAGUUGGGAAUCUGUUAUGGAGACUCACCAAACAUUGUAGUUGAUCUUGGCCAUCUUUACAAGCUCGAAAUAUUGCAUUGCCUAUCCGAAUUGGAUAAAGAUGGUAGCCGUUUUCUGCAAAAACUCAGAUUUCCAUCUAAUCUUAAAAACUUAACUCUUGGUGGUUGUGUAGUAUUUAGGAGUUUGUUGACAACUCUGUGUACACUACCGAAUCUGGAAGUGCUGAGAAUAGUGAAAUGUGUCUUUGAAAGAGAGGGAGAGGCAGAGGAAGAGGAAGAGUGGGAGGCGACGGAAGGAGGUGAAUUCCACUCACUGUUGUUCCUACAGUUAGAUUCCUUAAAUCUGGUGCACUGGAAAGCCGAUGAGACCAACUUCCCUAAACUCCGGAAGCUGUUUGUAUUUGGCUGCUAUAAGCUAGAUGAAAUCCCUAGCGCCAUUGGAGAUAUCCCAACUCUCCAAGACAUUAUGAUAGUUAAUUGUGGCGAUUCUGUAAUGGCCUCAGCACAACAAAUUCAGAAGGUUCAACAGGAAGAGUAUGACAACUUCGACCUCAAAGUGUUUAUAGUCUAGAACCCAAAAGGUUGUAUUGCUGCAAGUUAUGCUGGUGUUUGUGAGCGAGAAAGAUAUCAGAGAGAGAAGAUGCAAAGGGUGGCAGCUAUUGUGGGAUUUUAGUUGUACCUCUCAUUCCAGAACGAUUUUUGGGAUUAUAGUUUGUGAUUGCUUUUGUUUUUGGUUGUUAUAAAUUGAUCUCGAAUUUAAUGCCUUGUAGCAAACUAUUUUUGGGAUUUUAGUUGCUGAUUGUUUUUGUUUUUGGUUGUUAUAAAUGUUGUCCAUCUGAAGUCAUAAAUAGAAGGAAACAAAUUGAAAA